UUCCUUAGAAAGGCUGUGCAUGAAAGAUCAGACAAGAGGCCAGUAGAUCUGGGUUUUGUCCAGGGCUCUCCGACUUUAAAGCCCUCUACAACCCCUGGAGCUCAUUUUCUCUGUGGCUUGGCUGGGUACAGCUUCUUUCUCUGCCCAAGCUGUGAAAAAUCUAAAACUUUCCUCUUUGGAAUUCUUUCAUUUGUGUGACAGAGACAACCUAUCCUUUAGCAAAGAUGGAAGCUAUCAAGAAGAAGAUGCAGAUGUUGAAGUUAGACAAGGAGAAUGCCAUUGACAGAGCAGAGCAGGCUGAAACGGAUAAAAAGGCAGCUGAGGACAAAUGCAAACAGGUAGAGGACGAGCUAGUAGCUCUGCAGAAGAAGCUGAAAGGAACAGAAGAUGAGCUGGACAAGUACUCGGAGGCUCUCAAAGAUGCCCAGGAGAAACUGGAACAGGCUGAAAAGAAGGCCACUGAUGCCGAAGGCGAGGUUGCAGCUCUGAACAGGCGUAUCCAACUCGUGGAAGAGGAGCUGGACCGUGCCCAGGAGCGGCUGGCCACCGCCUUGCAGAAACUGGAGGAGGCUGAGAAAGCAGCAGAUGAGAGUGAGAGAGGAAUGAAGGUUAUUGAGAAUAGAGCAAUGAAAGAUGAAGAGAAGAUGGAAAUCCAGGAAAUGCAGCUGAAGGAGGCGAAGCACAUCGCGGAGGAAGCUGACCGCAAAUAUGAGGAGGUUGCCCGUAAACUGGUUAUUUUGGAGGGGGAACUGGAAAGAGCUGAAGAGCGUGCAGAGGUGUCCGAAGUGAAGUGUAGUGACCUGGAAGAGGAACUGAAGAACGUCACCAACAACCUGAAGUCUUUGGAAGCUCAGUCGGAAAAGUACUCAGAAAAAGAAGAUAAAUAUGAAGAAGAGAUCAAGAUUCUCUCCGACAAGCUGAAAGAAGCUGAAACACGUGCUGAAUUUGCGGAGAGAACCGUUGCCAAACUGGAAAAAUCCAUUGAUGACCUGGAAGACGAGCUCUACGCUCAGAAGCUGAAGUACAAAGCGAUCAGCGAGGAGCUGGACCAUGCUCUCAAUGACAUGACCUCCCUGUGAUCCGCGCUGCGGGCGCAGGGGCUGCUCUUGCUCCCUGCGUUUCUAAGCUUUUCUUGCCUGUAACUCCUGUCCUUCCCACAAACAAUCGAUCCUUCAGGCUCCUCAGGCAGAACUGAGCUCAAUAAAACCAGAUACCUCGGCCUUUCGACUUCUGGGGGUUGUUUCCUUGUCACUUGCCUGCAACUACGCUGGUAAUGAUGCUGCCAAGGUGCUCGGUGCCUCGUGCCAGGGCAGGAUCCAGCGGGCGCCUGCAUUCGAGUGUUCCCAAGGGUGCGCAUGGCAGUGGAACACUUGGAGUGUAUAUGUUGUGUGCUUGCGGGCUCCCUCCCUCCGGGUUGGAAUCCCCAGGACAAUAACGAUUUGGUGAGACGCAUCCCAUAAAUCACCUGUUAAAUCUGAACAGAAAUCUCUCACACAUAAAAACCAUCCAAACCCCUUAACUACACCAGUGCAGUUGCCAAAGCAUCGGCCCCGUUUUGCGGCUGCAAUUCCAGCGCUGUCUGGAACGCGAGG